UUGGCUUCUUUCAUUAUCGUAUCUUAAAGAAAGGAAUGAAAAUUCCCGAUCGGAUCAUCACUUGGAUCCGACGGAUUCUUGGUCCACGUGUCAGCACAAUAAUUGCAGGAGGGAGAGAGGAACACCAGAUUAUCUCAUCGCAUCUUCAAUUUCAUCCUUUUCUGUUCUGCGUUGAAUUACCGCCUCGUAGCCGUUGGGCCACGGCGGAGAAACCAACGGAACCAACCCCCAUUUUCCAAAGUCGUAACGGUUGCGCAUUUGCUCAGGCCACGCCCAAGCCUCGUGUCUCUUCACGCAUUUCAUCGAACACCUAUCGAACGAUUAAACCAUUCGGUCGUUCUACAUACGGUUUUGUUUUUUUUUUUUUUUUUUCGAUUUCGAAUUUGUACGUGAUUGUGAAGCCACGCUGUGGUGGAUAAUUAGAUUAUGAAAAUGGAGGAAAGUAAUCAUUAUGAGCAGGAGGAGGAGGUGAUUUAUCUUCACGGCGAUCUCGAUCUGACGAUCAUAGGAGCUCGGAGCUUGCCGAACAUGGACUUGAUGACGGAGCGCCUCCGACGCUGCUUCAGCGUCUUGGAGGCCUGCCGGAAACCUUUCGCCGGCCGGAAGAAACAUCAGCCCCACCACCACCACAGCAAGAUCAUUACGAGCGAUCCUUAUGUAACGGUCUGCCUAAGGGGAGCCACGGUGGCUCGCACGCGCGUCAUCUCCAACAACCAAAAUCCGAUGUGGAACGAGCAUUUCAAGGUCCCUCUCGCUCAUCCGGUCACGCACGUGGAGUUCUACGUCAAGGACAACGACGUGUUCGGCGCCGAUCUGAUCGGCGUCGCCUCCGUGCCGGCUCAGAGAAUCAAGUCCGGCGAGCUCAUCGAUGAUUGGUUUCCCAUCAUCGGAGCCUGUGGCAAGCCGCCGAAGCCGAACGCCGCCGUCCACCUCCAGAUGAAGUUUACGCAAUGCGAAGACAAUCCUGCGUACAAUAAUCACUGGAUCUCGGACGAUCCCGCCCGUUUCGAGGUUAAACAGAGCUAUUUUCCGGUGAGACACGGCGGUUCUGUGACUCUAUAUCAGGACGCGCAUGUUCCGGAUGAUAUGCUUCCGAAGAUUGAAUUGGAUGAUGAAAUGGUGUUCAGAAACGAGAAAUGCUGGGAAGAUAUAUGCCAUGCAAUACUAGAGGCACAUCAUUUGGUGUAUAUAGUGGGCUGGUCAAUUUACCAUAAGGUGAGGCUGGUUAGGGAGCCGAGCAAGCCGUUGCCGAGUGGCGGGAAUCUCAUCCUGGGAGAUUUGCUCAAGUAUAAGUCGGAAGAAGGGGUUCGAGUUCUUUUGUUGGUUUGGGACGACAAGACUUCCCAUAGCAAGUUCUUCAUUAAUACGGCAGGAGUAAUGCAAACUCAUGAUGAAGAAACUCGGAAGUUUUUCAAGCACUCUUCUGUCAAUUGUGUGUUGUCACCUCGAUAUGCAAGCAAUAAGCUCAGUAUUUUCAAGCAACAGGUUGUUGGAACUCUUUAUACGCACCAUCAGAAAUGUGUUAUUGUGGAUACACAAGGCCAUGGAAAUAACCGGAAGAUAAGUGCUUUUAUAGGAGGUCUGGACCUUUGUGAUGGUCGCUAUGAUACCCCAGAGCAUCGACUAUUUCGUGAUCUUGGCACUGUAUUUCAGGAUGAUUAUCAUAAUCCAACAUUUUCUGCAGGAACUAAGGCUCCAAGGCAACCGUGGCAUGAUUUGCAUUGUAAAAUUGAAGGACCUGCUGCAUAUGAUGUCCUCAAAAACUUUGAACAGAGGUGGAAAAAAGCAAAGAAAUGGUCAGAGUUUGGACGACAUUUCAAGAAAAUUUCUCAUUGGAAUGAUGAUGCUUUAAUAAAGAUAGAACGGAUAUCAUGGAUACUUAGUCCUUCCUCAUCCACUCCAACUGAUGAUCCUGCGAUGUGGGUUUCCAGUGAAGAUGAUCCUGAAAACUGGCAUGUUCAGGUUUUUCGAUCUAUAGAUUCAGGUUCUUUGAAAGGUUUUCCUAAACAAGUUCAUGCAGCAGAGGCUCAGGUUUUUUCAAAUCUAGUCUGUGCUAAAAAUCUAGUGAUAGACAGGAGCAUCCAAACAGCAUAUGUUCAGGCAAUAAGAGCGGCGCAGCAUUUUAUAUACAUUGAGAAUCAAUAUUUUCUUGGAUCUUCAUAUGCAUGGCCAUCUUACAAGGAUGCAGGUGCUGAUAAUCUAAUCCCGAUGGAGUUGGCACUGAAGAUUGCUAGCAAGAUUAGAGCAAAAGAAAGGUUUGCAGUUUAUAUUGUCAUCCCAAUGUGGCCAGAGGGUGUUCCAUCAUCUGCCUCUGUUCAAGAGAUUUUGUUUUGGCAGGGACAAACUAUGCAAAUGAUGUACGAGGUUAUUGCACAAGAGCUGAAAUCCAUGCAUCUUGACGACGUGCAUCCAAGUGACUACCUAAAUUUCUAUUGCCUUGGAAAUCGUGAAGAAUGUUCCGAAGAAAAUUCAAAUUCACGCGGUCAACCUUCCUCCAAUGGUGAUUCGGUUUCGGCAUCACAAAAAUUUGGACGGUUUAUGAUUUACGUACAUGCUAAGGGUAUGAUAGUAGAUGACGAGUAUGUGAUUUUGGGGUCUGCCAAUAUCAACCAACGAUCUAUGGCUGGUUCAAGGGACACUGAGAUAGCCAUGGGCGCAUAUCAACCCCAUCAAACGUGGGCUAAAAAGAAAAAACAUCCACACGGCCAGGUAUAUGGAUACAGAAUGUCACUCUGGGCGGAGCACCUAGGAAGGAUCGAUGAAACCUUCAAGGAGCCCGAAAGUUUGAAUUGUGUGAGAAGCAUCAAUGACAUUGCUGAAGAUAACUGGAAGAGGUUCACAGCAGAGGAAUUCACUGCCUUGAAUGGCCACCUUCUCAAAUACCCGGUUCACGUGGAUGUUAAUGGUAAGGUCAGUUCCUUACCCAAACAAGAGAGUUUCCCGGAUGUUGGAGGAAAGAUUCUUGGAGCUAGGACAAACCUCCCCGACGCGUUAACUACAUAGCCUCUUCACUAGUUAAGAAUCAUUUACAUAUAAUAUAUAUACAUUUAUAUAGUUGGCCGUAACUGUGCUUCGUGCUGGAAUAGAGGCGGCAAAAUGAUCCUGGGUGGCUUAAGCCAAGGGUGGGCUGACAGGUCUUAAAGAUGGGAUUCUUCACAAACUUUGCAUGUAAAGUCUCAUGGAUUCAUAACAUGUCUUGUACCCCAUAACUUCUUUAGGGAAGAAGAGAAUGAAAGAAUUUCACUUCUUCGAAACAAUUAAAAAGAGGGACAAAGAGACUCCUCAUGCUGUA